UACAAAACGAUAUAGAUGAGCUGUAUAACUGGUGUAAGAUAAAUAAACUUGUUUUGAAUAUGAAAAAAUGCGCAGUGAUGUCCUUCACCCGUGCGCAUACGCAGGUACCUUUAACCUACACGUUGAACGACCAAAGACUCACGGAAGUUGAAAACAUCAGAGACCUGGGUAUAACUAUUGACAGAAGACUAAAUUUCAAGAAACACAUCGAUAGAAUUACUUCGCAGGCAUACAAAGUAUUAGGGUUGAUUAAUCGGAUGUGUAGGGAAUUUGAGAACAAUUGCUCGUUAACCUGCCUAUUCUCAGCAUUAGUGCUACCUAUUCUAGAAUAAGGAACAGUGAUUUGGUCCCCAUUCACAGACUCAAUGAUCAACAGAGUAGAGAGAAUCCAGCACAAGUUCUGCAAAGCGCUGCUAUUUCAUAACAGACACAUAAACGAUAUCAAUUCAACAGAAGACGUCCGAAAAACCCUGAAAAUAAAUGACCUGAAAUCUCGAAGGCAGGUAGCAGACCUCAUCUUCUUAUUCAAAAUCCUCAAUGGACUAAUUGAUGCCCCAAAAAUCCUCGCAGAUUUUGAAAUCGUACCAAAUGAGCUUAACUUUAGACAGAUGAGGAUCCUGAAAACUUGCCGAUCGAACAAAAACUUUGUAAUCAAUGGCCCAAAGGAAAGAAUCUGUAGAUUGGUAAACUCUCUGCACGGUGAUAUCAACUUCUUCAGCGGAUCUCUACAGAACCUCAGAAGGAUCGUUAAAAAAGCUUUAUUAAAAUACUAGCAUACGAACUAGGUUACGUGUUUAAUUUCUAAUUUUAUACGUUUAAGCCUGUUCUCUUAUUUAUAAUUAUAAUUGUUAUUAGAUGUAUAGUGCCGAUUGGCGUUAAAUAAAUUAAAUGAAAUACUCGCUCUACUAAAUUUUGUAUUACCGAAAAGAAAAUGCCGUCGGCUUAUGUGCAAAUGGGAUACGUUGCCUCUUCGAAAUUUUCAUAGAAACGAAAACUGCGCUGUCAAACUGCGGAAGUGACAGCUUAUUGCUUACAAUAUAUGGCAAACUAAUUAGUAUGGAGUCUCAACAGGCAAUAGGCACGGCAAUACAGCUAGUAAAACAUAGAUUCUAUCCUGUCGAGAUGCCCCGUUACCACAUUGCCGAUAUUUAUAUUUGUUCCAUUUAUCGGUUAUCGAUUAGAACGCGGCUAACUGAAAAAAAUAUUCAAAAUACUUCAAUGUUAUGACUUAAUUCUUUUCGUUCAUUGUCAAAAAUUUCAAUUACGUUCGGUUUUGUGUAAAUUUUUCAAGUUUGUGAAUUAAAUCACAAUAAAUCUUGGAUAAAAUUAUUGCAAAACAAAAAAAUAAAGCAAUUAGUUAAGCUUGUGCAUAGGUGGUUAAUUAAUUCAACAUAAAUAUAUUGUUUGUAGAAAGUUUUUUAUUUACCAAACAAUAUCAGACUGGUGCUAGCAAGUUAUAAAACAUAACUCAACAAGCAAAAAAAAAAUAUUACGCGACCAUUUCUUAAUGGAUAUAUCGCAAGAAUUAAAUAAUAGUGCGGAACUUGAAUUGGAAAAUCAACAAGAACAGCGUGUACUUCAUAUGGAUGAGCUAACUGCUAAAAUCGACAAGGUACUCACGCACCAGCAUGAACUAAUAGCAUUGGUUAGAAAAGCGUCUAAACAAAAUAUAUGCCUACCCAUAGUCAAAAAAGAAGAAUUGAGUCCUUUUAAACACGACAUAGCCAGCAAUGCAGCAGCACAUUUACCAGCUUUCAAAUGUAUACUCGAACGCAAAAGUAUGCAUCAGUUUUAACGCCAUAAUAAUAAAUAAACGCGGGGAAUUAUACAACUUUUGGUGGAUGAGUGAUUCAUACUAGGGCAAUUCACAAUCUGGUGCAAUUAUGGUUACUUGUAAUUGACAGUUUUCCUUUCCAGAUGCAAUAAAGUUCGACGGUUAUACAAAUUUAGUUGAUAAACAGGCGCAGUGCAUAGCAAUGAUGGAUUAAAUAAAAAUUACUUUCAUAAUUUUUUUUUUGAGACAAUAACAUUUCAGUUGUGAAUUAUAUGUAUUAAAUAUAU